CAACACUACCCUAUUACACCACAUAUUCCUCUCUCCUCCCGACACUCACCAGUCAGACUCCUGUCAAGCAAGGCUGGCUACGAGUCUGCAGAACGGUUGAUAAUGUAUUACGACUCCGAAGACGAGUAGAUUGUAGUUAAGAGUGCGCAUUCUAAUCCUAAGGAAGUGCAGUUCGAGAGCGGAGGUGUUCACAUAUUAGAGAGUGAUAUCUGAGAACUAGACUGACUGCUGAUCUCUGUUUUGAACCAUGGAGAGACGGACCCGCUUGUAGCUCCCACUAAGAUAAGCUAGCGCCGAGCACGUGGUGUCCCAAUACCUAAGUUAUGUACAGGAAAGUACGCAGAAAAUCAAGAGGAGACUGCUUGCCUCAGUGGAACAUUUUCAGCAGUACCUGCGGGCGUCGCUGAGCCAUGAUGUAUCGCCUAAGAGCUGUGGUGUGUGCCUUGGCGGCCGUUACUGUCUUCACCUGCUUCGCCUCCGUCAAGUGGUUCCUGGUGACGGAUCAUCUCGUCGAGCAGAGGGCAUCGCGGGCCUCGGCGGCGCUGCCAGAAGACCCCCGAUGGCCCCGCGUGGCAGAAACGAUGGCGCGGCGAAGGCAGGAAGUGGAGUCUGCCUGCGAAGGAAAAGGGGGGGUGAGGGAGCCGUGGGGAGCGGGGGCGGCAGGCUCUGGGGGGGGUGGGGGCAGUAGUGAUUCCCUCUCCGCCUCAUCGCCUCCCCUCGACCCCAGGAAGCUCAACAACCUCAUUGUGGAUGACAAGAAUCGUAUCUUAUAUUGCUACGUGCCUAAGGUGGCGUGUACCAACUGGAAACGGGUAAUGCUCAUUCUCACAGGCAGAACGAACGAGACGUCGCCCUUGUCCAUUCGCCCAGACAGCGUGCACAGGCCGAAUGUCUUCACUAAGCUUAGCCAGUUAAAGCCCGACGCUAUUCAACAUCGCUUGCAGACCUACACUAAGUUCCUGUUUGUCCGACACCCGAUAGAGCGUGUCUUGUCAGCUUUUAGAAAUAAGUUCCAGAAAAAUUAUACCUCCUCAGCCUAUUUCAAAAAGCGCUUUGGCGUGAAAAUCAUAAAGAAAUACCGGCAGGGGAUUGACCCAGCUCAAGUCCCUGCCACGGGCGACGGGGUCAAAUUCCCUGAGUUCGUGUCGUAUCUAAUUGAC